AUGGCGAUUUCAGGGUCAGGGCAGCCGCAGUUCAUCGCCAGCACAGGGAACCGGAGUUUCUCGGAUUCUCCGCUCAUUGAGAGUUUAGAGCCGGAGCAAAUCGUCGUACCCGAUAGGAAAAGCUGGAAAAACUUGUUUUCUUACAUGGGUCCGGGCUUCCUUGUUUCCAUAGCGUACAUUGACCCGGGGAAUUUUGAAACGGAUCUUCAGUCAGGAGCACGUUACAAGUAUGAGCUUCUUUGGAUCAUUUUGUUGGCUUCGUGUGCUGCUCUUGUGAUUCAGUCUCUGGCAGCUAACUUGGGGGUUGUCACAAAAAAACAUUUAGCAGAACACUGUAGGAAUGAAUAUCCAAGAGUUCCAAACUUUAUCUUAUGGGUUCUUGCAGAGAUAGCUAUAGUUGCAUGUGACAUCCCUGAAGUAAUUGGCACAGCCUUUGCGUUGAACAUGCUCUUCAAUCUACCAGUGUGGAUUGGAGUCCUUCUCACUGGUCUGAGUACAUUAGUUCUCUUAGCAUUACAGCAAUAUGGGGUACGGAAGCUUGAAUUCCUAAUAGCUUUUCUUGUAAUUACAAUAGCCGGGUGUUUCUUCGCGGAGAUGGGCUAUGCGAAGCCUGCAGGUGACGAAGUUGUGAAAGGUCUGUUUGUUCCUCAGCUCAAAGGAAAUGGUGCUGCUGGUCUUGCGAUUUCACUUCUUGGAGCGAUGGUUAUGCCGCACAAUCUGUUUCUCCAUUCUGCAUUGGUGCUUUCCAGGAAGAUCCCACAAUCAGUUCGAGGCAUCAAGGAGGCUUGCAGAUUUUACUUGAUAGAAAGUGGACUAGCCCUAGCCAUAGCAUUCCUUAUAAAUGUGUCGGUUAUAUCUGUAGCUGGUGCAGUUUGCGGCGCACCCAACUUGAAUCCAGAAGACAAGGAGAAGUGCCAGGACUUGGAUUUGAACAAAGCAUCAUUCCUACUCAAAAAUGUGUUAGGUGGUUGGAGUUCAAAGCUUUUUGCAGUUGCUUUGCUGGCCUCAGGUCAGAGUUCAACAAUUACAGGAACAUAUGCUGGCCAAUAUGUUAUGCAGGGCUUCCUCGAUCUGCGAUUGAAACCAUGGCUUCGGAAUUUCCUGACCCGAUGUUUAGCCAUAGUACCUAGUUUGAUUGUUGCUCUUAUUGGUGGUUCUUCUGGAGCUGGCAAGUUAAUCAUUAUUGCAUCGAUGAUUCUAUCAUUUGAGCUUCCUUUUGCUCUCAUUCCACUUCUCAAAUUCACCAGUAGCACAACCAAGAUGGGUCAGUAUGCAAACUCCAAGAUGAUUUCAGCUCUCACUUGGAUAAUCGGUCUCUUCAUCAUGGCGAUCAACCUCUACUACCUAGUAACAGGAUUCAUCGAUAUUCUGUUCCACGGCCAUCUUAAACUGGCUGCUUCAAUCCCUCUUGGGAUAGUUGGAUUUGCUGGUAUGGGGCUCUAUCUGGCCGCAAUUGGGUACCUGGUCUUCCGGAAAAACAAAGAGUCGUCGCACCUUCUGGCGCUAACAACUCCUGAAGCCCAAGGAACGAGCAAUGGGGCUGGUGAUGGUUCUGUGGAUAAUCUUCCAAGAGAGGACAUAGUAAGGAUGCAGUUGCCAGAGACGAGGGACUCCAAUUAA